CCCCCCCCCAUCCUCCCACUUUCAAGGACGACGCGGCUUCUUCACCGGACCACGGAGGAAAUAUUAUUUCUCACCUUUUAUAAAUGCACGUUUUUCAACGUGUUGAGUCUUUUUCUUCUUCUUCACUGGACCUUAUCAGUCGCCAGGCGUGCGCGUGCCUGUGCGCGUGUGUGCGUGCGCUGACCGACGCACGAGUGAUGAGAUUUUAACUCGUGGUUUGUCUUCCUCUUGUUUUAUUUUAUUGGUUUUCUCCUCAUUAAAUUGAGGCGUGCACUGGACUCGCGUUCCGAGCCUCAAGUUUUAAACAGUCGUGGUGACGAGAAGAAGAAAGACUAUUUUUUUUAAAACGACGCCGACCCCAGCCUUCGGUCCUCCUGUUGCUUCCCGUAAAAAGCUCACCGGCAGCGGGUUCCUCUCCGAGUGACUCCCGGUCGCCGCUGCGGUCAAACAGGGAGACGUUUACUCACUCGGUUUCGGGGGGGAUUUCAGAGGGAGUUUCCCCUCCCUCCACACCGCGUAGUUUCUGGCCGUGCUGGCGCACUUGCGCUUGUGUGAAACAAACUGAGUUUAAAAACAAAAACUAUAUAUACAUUAAAAUAAAAAAAGACAUUCAAAAUGCCACAGUUAUCAGGCGGCGGUGGAGACCCGGAGCUGUGCGCCACGGACGAAAUGAUCCCGUUCAAAGACGAGGGAGACCCGCACAAGGAGCAGAUCUUCGCCGAGCUCAGCCACUCGGAGGAGGAGGGAGACCUGGCGGACAUCAAGUCCUCUCUGGUCAACGAGUCGGAGAGCAGCCCCAACAGCAACAGCCACGACGGAGCUAGACUGUCCCAAAUACCGCAAGAUUCAUAUCAUGAAAAAGACAGAGACCAUUUGGAGGAGGGAAAACUCCAAGAUCUGUACAGUAAAGGGCAUCCGUACCAGGGCUACCCGGGCUACAUCAUGAUGAGCAACAUGAACGACUCCUACAUGAACAAUGGCUCCCUCUCGCCGCCCAUGCCCAGAACGUCCAACAAAGUCCCCGUGGUGCAGCCGUCCCACGCAGUCCACCCACUCACCCCACUGAUCACGUACAGUGACGAGCACUUCGCCCCAGGUCCUCAUCCCCAGGAUGUCAACAACAAACAAGGAAUGCAAAGGCAUCACCAGGGACCAGACAUGACCAACUUCUACUCCCUGUCUCCCGGAGGAGUCGGGCAGCUCACGCCCCCGCUGGGAUGGUUCUCGCACCACAUGGUGCCCGGCCCCCAAGGUCCCCACGCCACAGGGAUCCCGCACCCGGCCAUCGUCAACCCACAGGUCAAACACGAGCCUCUGCAUGAAACAGACAUCAUGCACAUGAAACCUCAGCACGAACAGAGAAAGGAGCAGGAGCCCAAAAGACCGCACAUCAAGAAGCCGCUAAACGCCUUCAUGCUCUACAUGAAAGAAAUGCGUGCCAACGUGGUCGCCGAGUGCACGCUGAAGGAGAGCGCUGCCAUCAAUCAGAUCCUGGGACGAAGGUGGCAUGCUUUAUCUCGGGAAGAGCAAGCUAAGUAUUAUGAGCUAGCCCGCAAGGAACGGCAGCUCCACAUGCAGCUCUACCCAGGCUGGUCCGCUCGAGAUAACUAUGGAAAGAAGAAGAAGCGGAAGAGGGAGAAGAUGCAGGAAUCAGCCCCAGGUACAGGCCAGAGAAUGAAAACGGCGUACAUCUGAGAAUAUGGAGGAAAACGGGACCAUUUCUCCACGUGCAAAGCGAAGGCCGCAGCUACGGGCCUUCUGCUUGAGAUGGAGGCCUGCUAGGAUCCACGAAGACCCUCAAAUCCCCCAACCCAAGCCUCCAGUUCUCAGAGGAACCCCACUGCCCCCCCACCCAACCCCACGACUCCCUUUUUGUCCUUCAACACAGUCACAUGCCACCCCCACCACCCCCACCUCCACCGAAAAAACACUUCACUAUUGCACUCUCCCCCCGUCCUGAAGGCGUCCGCCAGAGAGACACUGAACUGAACUGAACAAGACAAUCAUGAUUAGUUGGAGCACGCCUCACGCCACCACGUCGUCUCACCGUGAAAAGCUAAACACACACACACACACAUAAAAAAAGACUUCAAUUUGUCGUCUGUGUUUCGUCACUGAAAGACCGCAGCAAACACCUGCACUGCACCGCCCAGACACUCCAGACACGUCCCUCCGAGUCACCGUAAGUUAUUUGUCGCCUCGGUGUCUUUGUAUAGUUCACCGGGCCCCCCCCCCCCCACCCCCCCUCUCGGUUCUCUCUCUCUCUCUCCCUCCCUGGAUUUUUGAGACCAUUUGGGGUUGUGCCCGACCGACCAAACACCUCUUUUUAGACUGCACUAAGGAAGCCGGAGGAAUUUCAUCUUGUCUUCGAAACGUCCCUGAGACGCCAUUUUAGUUUGUUGCUGACCAGUUGGUGCAAAAAAGGAUCAACGAUUUCAUUUGUUUUUCAUUUUAGACUGAAUUUGAUUUUGAAUGCUUUUUUGUAUCCUGAACCCUUGUUUCAAUUUCUCGGUGUAUAUUUUAGUGAGUUUUUUUUUUUUUAAUAUUGUUUUUUUUAUAUAGUGGUAUAUAUAAAAUUAAGCUUUGGACACAGGAAAGCCAUUUUUCUUGUUGAAGCAUCUUGCAGAAAAUUGAAACUUAAGGCUUCUUUUGAUAACUAUUUGUAACAAAUAGUGACCUCGAGUCUUGCUCAGAUGUAAAAUAAUGCUCAGUAUGUGUACUUUUUAAAACUGUCAGGAUAUGUCCAUUUUCUUGGUAUUUUUGCAGGUAACAUUAGGACAAAGGCGAGUGAUGGCUCAGAGGCCUAUAUUUUAUUGUUCUAAAACAUGACAAAUGAAGCAGAUAUAUAUAUUUACCCCAGCACUUGGCAGUCUUUCUUUUAUUGCAAUGGACCUUUGUCUUUUCUCUCUGGUAGCUAAUAGUGUGGUCUUUAGCCAUGUUGUUUUAUUCCAUGCAAGCAUCUCUGUAACAUUAUGAUUUUAAUGCUCUCUUAGUAUUGAUUAAUGAAUUCUUUUUUUUUUUAAUUAUCAUAUUUCGGGUCACUGUCAUCUUGGUAUAGCAUUUUGCUUCCCAAGUGGUCAUAUUUGAACUGUUUCAACAUGUUGUUUUUGUAAGAAAAAUAAAAAAGGCACCAUUGGCUCAUUUGAUCACUUGUGUGGUGGAAAGACACGAGCUGAAAGUGCCAGAUGUAGCA